CGGCGCCGCCGGGGACGCGGGUCAGUGUACGCCGGUGGGUCGGCGCGGUGACUCGAAUUCAGGAAAGCGACUAGCGGCAUCGCUCACUAUGUUGUCCCGGGCAGCGCUCAGCUCGAGCAGGACGCUGGUGCCGGCGCUGGGGGCUCUGGGUUCCAGGCAGAAGCACAGCCUCCCCGACUUGCCGUACGAUUAUGGCGCCCUGGAGCCUCACAUCAACGCCCAGAUCAUGCAGCUGCACCACAGCAAGCACCACGCGACCUACGUGAACAACCUGAACGUCCUCGAGGAGCGGUAUCGAGAGGCGCUGGAGAAGGGUGACGUUACAACUCAGGUAGCUCUUCAGCCUGGGCUGAAGUUCAAUGGUGGAGGCCAUAUCAAUCAUUCCAUCUUCUGGACGAACCUGAGCCCUAAGGGUGGUGGAGAGCCCAAAGGGGAAUUGCUGGAAGCCAUCAAACGUGAUUUUGGUUCCUUCGACAAGUUUAAAGAGAAGUUGACCACUGUAUCUGUUGGCGUCCAAGGCUCAGGUUGGGGUUGGCUUGGUUUCAAUAAGGAACAGGGACGCUUGCAGAUUGCUGCUUGUUUUAACCAGGAUCCCCUGGAAGGAACAACAGGUCUUAUUCCACUGCUGGGGAUUGAUGUGUGGGAGCAUGCUUAUUACCUUCAGUAUAAAAAUGUCAGACCGGAUUAUCUAAAAGCUAUUUGGAAUGUAAUCAACUGGGAGAACGUAACUGAGAGAUACAUGGCUUGCAAAAAGUAAAACAUCAUUACACUGAGCAGAACAAGCUUUUUACGACUAUUUUCAUAGCAGUGCAGAGUACCGUAGUAUACCAGUAAUCUGCUCUAUAGUAGCAUUUCUUAAUGUAGGUUCUUCAAGUAUUUGAUAAACAUGAUUUAAUGCUGUGAACUUCCUGUUUUCAAAUUUUAUUAUUGGGCAACGGAAAACAGUAAGUGCUUUGUAUGAUUUAGUCUUGAUUGAACAUUUUCUUCAAGAGCUGAAAUAGCUAGGAGGUUAUAAUUGUCGUCAUAAAGCCAUCAAAAAUAUCUCAGCCCUGUCCCCUUAGGGCCGCUGGAGAAGCCUUUUGACCCUAUUGCAGUUGUAGAAAACCUGGUCCUUUGCCCCAGUUGUUUAUAGAAGAUUAAAUUUAUUUCCCAAGGGAAACGUUCCUCGUUUCUGUUGAAAACUGCUCUUUUUGUAAGUAAUCUUCUGUCUACUAGUACUUCUGGUAGAUAUCACCCAUUGGCCUUUAAUUAUUUUUGGUCACGUGUUACACAGGGUUAACACCAUGUUGUCUUUUAAAAAAUAUAACUUGAUUGCUAAUUGAGAAUUGCUUUAUUAUGACAAGGAAAUAGUCGUGCAUUUGAAUUUUUCUGUUGGGAGAAAUAGGAGGACUUGUGUGUGAAAUUUUGUCAUCAGACAGAAAUAUGUGUUGUGUACAUGCUCAAAAUGGGCAGAUUCGGGCCUUGUUGAUAAAAUGAGUGUUGGGAAUGGGGCCACAGAUCAUUCUGGCGGGGCACUUGCCCCCGCCUUCAAGUCCUGUUCAUGAGCAUCGCUUGGGGUGGGGGGAACCAGCCUGAAUCAGGUGCUGCCUGCCCACAGAGGCAAAGGAGUUGGUUUCUGGAUGUGGUCAGCAGCGUGUCCCCAUCCAGGAACAUUUUUUUUCAAAGACUUGUUUUUGAGUUACUCUAUCAUUUUUAUCUUUUCUUUUAAAAAAUGUACAGUCACUAUAGACACUUUAUAUUGUUUAGUCCUUUCAGUAAAGGCAAACGAUACCCAUACUCCAGUGACCCAACAUGUCAAAUUAUGUUCCUGGUUAGCUUUUGCAGAUGGGACUGUUUAAAUGUAGCAGGGAUCCUUUCUGUAAUUUGGCUUAACAUUGUCAUGCAUUCCAUGUUUCAUUAUUUUCUUUAUUUAUACUGGCUGUAUAAUUUAUCAAUUGGACACUUCCUAAUUUAUUUUACAUUUCUGAUACUGAAUAGUUCAUUGGUUUCUAAUUGUUAUUCAAAUAAUGUUGUGGUGAACAACCCACAUAGGUUUUGCCUUCUAUUGGAAUAUUUUUUCUGUAUAGGUUUUUUCUUAAACCUAUUCAGUAACAGAAUGUUUUCCUAAGUUAGUGUAUUAUUUUUUCCCCCAAAAUUUAUUCUUUUUUUUUUUUUGGCUUGCUAAAAUGGAGUAACUUAGCAGUUUCAAUAUUGAAGACUGAAGUAAAGAAAAAUUUUAAUUUAAGGCGCUUUUGUUUUAGAAUUCAAGUAGAAAGUACUUAGGCUUUCUGAAUUGUCAGCAGUGUUGAUGAGACCAGUGGUAGCUCUUUGUGUGCCUGUGGAUUGAAAACACUUUGGAGACAAAGAUUGCCAUGCUUUCUCCCACAAUAAAGUCACUUUUGUGGAGCACAGAUGGGAGUCAUGUGAUUACUGCUUACAUAUAUACAUAUAUACACAUGCAUGCCUAUAUAGAUAUAUACACACAUAUAUAUGCAUACACGUAUAUAUAAACAAGGCAGUGACUCUGUUUAAAUGAUCCAUGUAGAAAAGUAGAACUUUUUGAAAGAUGGGCUUUUGAAUAUAAGUAGUCUGCCAGAUCAUGGUUUGUAUUGAACUAACAAAGAUACGCAGAGACUCCUGAUUCAUACAGUGCCUUUUGACUUUUACUAAGCUUUAGCAUUUCAAAAAAAUUCAAUGUUGAAAUUUCUAUGGGGCUCUAUUUUUGCCUCGAUUUUACGUUGAGGGAGUGAGCGAAAGCACACUGUUCUUCUCUAAGGUUUUGGUUUCUCCUCCCCAUCAGAUUUUAAGAGACUAAGGUAAAUUACAGAUAAAGAUUUUAAUCAUCCAGUGGAAAAUGAGACUUUAAGAUUUUGUUCAGCCCCGUUUUUCAUUGUGGAAAUAAAUAAAAAAGGUAAAAGCGGCUGCUUCUGAAAUAAACCCAAGUGUUGUUCAUCCAAGAGGGAUUUUUGUGGCCGAAUCAGCAGUGCCUGCUCUAGUUUUAAAUGUGCUUCCAACGCCAUAGUGUGAUUCGUACUGAAGGAAAACAGGACACAAGGCAAAUACUGCCUGAGGUAGAAUCUACUGCUUGAACCAUUGUGUAAUAAUUAAACUUUGAUGUUGAGAAAUCACAGUUUUACUGCACACCUCAAAUUCAUGAUCUUAAAAUGAGAUUUGAGUUUCCGGUGAAUACCUUUAAAAAAAGUACCACCGGAACCAUAAAAUUAAGAUUGAUUGGUGUUGUGAGUCCUCUCUAGAACUAAGUCUAAAUACAAAUUCUAUUUCCUGUUUUGAUUUCAGGGGAGCUACUGUUUGGGAAAGCUAUUAGGUAAAUGUUUUAUAAAUUACUGUUUCUCAUUUUCAGUCAUACCUAAUGAUUUUGGCAAGCUAAUGUCCUGUUUUCUUAGGUACGCAUCAAACCUGGCACACAUCAGAAAUCCUAUAAAGUCCUGGAUAGUUUUCAUUUAAUUAAUCGAUAGAGAAACACUUAUUUUCCUAUUGUAAGUGUGAAGCUUUUUGAUUGUUAAUAAAAGAAUCUACCAACCAUCAAAAAGAGGUCUGCAUUAUGCAUGUGUGUUAAAACAUUAGUAAUCCUGUAAUGCUUUGUCAUUUUUACUGCUUUUCUGUGGGAAAGGGAUAGUAAAUGUUAGGUAGCAUUUUAAGCAUUCUUAAAACCCAGAAGGCAUAUGAACUCUCUCCAGUCAUAUCUAUAGUAACAUGUGAUAAUAGCAUAGUGUUUUUGUUUCAUUCAUUUUUUAUUUUAGAGCAUGAGUCAGGACAGGGGCAGAGUGGGGGGGGGGGGAAUCUUUUUUUUUUUUUUUUUUUUAAUUUUUUAAGGUUUAUUUAUUUUAGAGACAGAGUUCUAGUGGGGGAGGGGCAGAGAGAGAGGGAGACACAGAAUCUGAAGCAGGCUCCAGGCUCUGAGCUGUCCGCACAGAGCCUGAUGCGGGGCUCAAACUCAUGAACCGUGAGAUUAUGACCUGAGCAGAAGUCAGAGCAGCUUAACCAACCGAGGCACCCAGGUGCCCCGGAGAGAGUAUCUUAAGCAGGCUCCUUGCUCAGUGUGGAGCCCAACACGGGGCUUGAUCCCAUGACCCUGGUGUCACGACCUGAGCCCAAAUCAAGAGUCAGAUGCUCAACCAACUGAGCCACCCAGGCACCCCAACAGCAUAGUAUUUUCUAUAAAUUGUAAAGUCGCAACAUCUUUGAACACUAACCAGAUGUAGAAUAUUGCCCUAACUACAUACAGCACAUCUUGUGAUAAUUGGCUGUUUACUUCUUUUUUUUCCAUAAAAUUCUGGGCUGGUGAUAUUUUAUCCACUCUCGUAUUGGGUAUGAGCUUACCUCAUGAAUCUUUCCCUGGACUGUUUGAAGGAUAAUCUUGGAAAGGGAAGUGAGGUGCACCUAUGUUGGGUGAAGUCUCUGCUCUUCUGUGUGUGCUUGAGAACAGGUGCGGUUCUCAAGAUUCUUCUGGAACAUAUUAAAAAGACUAAGACCUCAGACUGUGGAAAGGAAAGGAUGUGCGGUUCUGAGUCCCACUGUCGCUCUCAGUGCUCGUCUUGACAUAGUGGUAAUUCUAGCUUUGUCUCGGCCCCCGCUAAAGCACAAGCUCCAAGAAGGCCAGGGACAGAAGAUUCUUGUUCGUGUCUUUGCGACUGAGCACACAAUUCUAGGCCCAUUUUCAAAUAUUUUUAUUAAGUGGUGUGGAGGGGAGGGGAGGUGGUGGGCAUUGAGGAGGGCACCUGUUGGGAUGAGCACUGGGUGUUGUAUAGAAACCAAUUUAUAUAUACAUAUAUACAUAUAUAUAAAAAUAAUAAAAAAUAAAGAUCUUGGUGGAAAAAAACCCAAAUGGUGUGAUUUAAUACAGGCCUCGUAAAUACAUGUAUUUGCAAGGUUCAGGUCACCUCAGCAAGUUCACCUAUCAAAACCCAGAAGGACGUUUGAAGGCAGAGCUGCUGUGACCGCGAAGGCCUUAUGCUUGCUCGUCUCCCUGUUGCCUUCGCCCGCGGCCCCGGGAGAACAAUGAGUCAGGUCCCGGCAGGCCCGGGUCCCGGUCCUGGUGCUUUGACUCAGGUCAGCUGUGUGAUACUGGUCAGCCUGCCUGCUUUGGGUCCUGUCCCUCUGAUGUGGAACGAUGGGUUUGGAGAGAGCAUCUUAGGUGCCAACUCUAGCAUUUGAGGGAUUUAUCUGUGUACUGACCAAACUUACGGUGGAUGAAUGAAUACUGAGGAUACGAAAUGGUCAUGUCAUUUGCAAAGGGCAUCCAUUUGGCUUAUGUCCCUUGAACAAGGGUUCUCGGACAAUAGCCUUGCUGGUGUUCAUUGUGGCUCCAUCUUUCACCGGGGCUCAGGAAGGAUGCUGGGAGGAAAACCAGCGAGUCUUUUAGCCUCUGGUCCCCACUAACAUUUUUAAGUGGUAUCAAAAGGAGCGGUUCACUUGGCUAAGCUGUCUCCUGAGUGCCAACUCGUAUGAAGUGCACCUCAACUAAAUUUGGCCUUUAUUCCUUUUAUCUCCCCUGGCCAGGAACAAUGUGAUUCAUCUAUCAUUGAUUAGGAAUAUGUUAUUUUGCUUUUAUUUAUCUGAGAGAGAGACAGAGGGAGAGAGAGAAUCCCAAGCAGGCUCCACACUGUCAGCACAGAGCCUGAUGCAGCGCUCGAACCCAUGAAGCCAUGAGAUCGUGCCCUGAGCCGAAACCAAGAGUCAGGUGCUUAACCUGUGCCACCCAAGCACCCCUGUUACUUCUUUAUUGCCUUAUUAGGAGAUAUUAUCCUAUAUGCCAUUGACUUGUGAAAUUCUUAGUGAACCCGUGUUAAAUUCUGGCAAAGAUUAAAAAAAAAAAAAAAAAAAAAA